GGACCCAACUGAGAAGGCUUUGAAUGCCAUGCUAAUAAGUCAGGUGUCAUAGGGAGCCAUGGUCUCCAACUCUAAUUCUAACCUUACUCUUGGUUGCAUUAAACAUCCAAACAUUUAUCAGGCAUCAAUUGUUUGCCAUUUAUCCCAAUAUCCCUCCUAUUGUCUAUAGCAUCUCCCAGUAGCUCUCCAGUGAUAUAUGCCCAACUAAGGUGUCCUGUUGUGGUGCCGAUGUUCCCCACAUCUACCCCAAGACAGCAUAGCUUCUCCCAGGAGCAGUCCCCUAAGAGACACUCAUAGGAAGGGAGAGAUGCAGCCUAAGAGGGAAAGACAGCAUGUCACACCUGGAGAGUAGGCCUAGGUUUAGGGGUGAGGGAAAGACCAGGGAAGGGAGGUAGUUGGGAAGAGGAAGAGAGCACUGGGGGGCGGGGGGGAGACCCAAGAAACCAGCUUCAUGGCUUCCCCUUAGCCAAGACCAACCUUGCCCUAAACUGACAUCUGCUCUAAUCCUUCAAAUCCACCCCUCUGACCAUUCUCAGAGCUAACCUAAAACCUUAAAACCUUGCUUACGUCUUGCUUAAAAUCUUGAUGCUACUAUAUCUUGGCUCCAGAAGCCCUCCAGGGAUCUACUUCCCCCUUGAAAAGUGUUGGUGUCAUUGCCAAAAAUAGCUAAAUGUACCAGAAUAUAUUCUCUACUUAUUUUUCAUUACAAAAAGUAAUGCUGUAGAGAAGUUACAGGAUACAGAAAAAUAUGACUUUAAAAAGUGAAGUUGAUCCUCACAGUGCUCCCACACCUAUCGGUUCAUUCUCUGGAAGUAAUAACUUCUAGGUAUAAACACUCCCAUACCCUUAUUCUAUGAAUAUGCAAAUAUACACAUAGUACCAUAUUGUUUGCAACUUGAUGUCUUCAUUUAAUGUAUCAAGGACAUCUUUUCCUGUCAGUUUAUUUAAGUCUAACUCUUCUAAGUCUUUUUAAAAGCUAGAUAGUAUUACAUAAUAUGGUGAAUCUCAAUUUCUUCAACUGAUGAAUACUUAGGUUUUCCCAAUUUUGCAACAAACUGUGACAAACUAUAUAAAACUUGGUAACAAACAACUAUAACCCACAUCCUCUUACAUUUACUUUUGUGCCUGUAUUUGUUUCAAAAGGAUGCAUUCCUAAGAUUAGAAUUGCUUAGUCAGAAGAAAUGCAGUGCCCUGAAAUUUAAACCAAAGCCACUAUGCAUGACUAACCCUAAGAGUGAGAAUAAAAAGUCUGUCCAGCGUGGGAGAUGAGGCUGGGCAUGUAGAUUAGACAUGGGUUGUGAGGGCCUUAAGUGCAGCCCUCAAGAGUGGCUUUUAAGCAAAUACAGAUGGGGCUUCUCUGGGCUAGGCCAAGUGUACAGAGAAGGAUGUGUUAGUGACCCUGCGUUUAAAAGGCUCACUUUGGAGUAUGUGAUGUCGAAGGGUAACCUUUAGGAGGCCCUAAAGACUCCUCCGGGGCUCCUCAGCCUGGGGCUAGAGCUGUCUCCCAACUCUCCAGAGGAGGCAGGGAGGUGGGAGGAGAAUGAAGAAGAGGCCCUGGCUCCCCAGCCCAGCUCUGCCCUCUUCCCCCAAGGUCUACUUUUUGUUAGAAUGCUGCAGUUAGGGGUUGGAGUGGAGAGGGGCCCUCUGGGUUACCCAAACAUCGAAGCCAUUCCCCUGAACAGCUCAAUGACCUAAAAGGGUGGCAGUCUGUACAGAACUCCUUCCAAUGGCCUUUUCAGGCCUCUCCCAAACCUUCAGGCAUAAAACUUGAUUCUGGUGUGUGUGUAAGCAACAAAAGCCGCCACAUGAACCAGGUGACUUCCCCACCUCCAUCUUAGCUUCCUGCCUUCUCUCUGCCUAGAUCACUGCUCUACCCAGAGUCCUCUGUUAUGGAACCUGGCAACCCAAAGUCCUCUGCCCACAUCAGGGCACCUGAACCUCGUUCCUUCCUCUACCGACUUUGAUGGGCAGAACCAUUCAGUCUCCUGCAGGACAGCCUGCUCCUCACCACCUGCUCCCGCUGCCUGCUACCCUCAUCGCCCUCAGACUAUCUCCUAUCCUUAAGGCUCCUUCUUCUAACCAGCCCUGUGUUCUCCUUCUCUGGGAGUCCUUUCAGCUCUCAGAAUUGCCCCAAGCCUGCUUCUUAGCACCUCAUCCAUCAGAAUUCUCUCCAUUGCAUCUCAUUUGCUUUUGUUCCCCUGCAUUUACAUGUCUGCGUCCUGGGGACAUGUCCCAUCUCCCUCUUUGGGCAGAGAGAUGUUCCUGUCUCUUCCCUCUUGCUAGCCACUCUUCCCUUCUCCAACCCCCUUGCCUCCACCUCCUAGUGCACAGGACUGGCUCUGUGCUCCUAGUGCCACUGAGGACAGCAAGGCAGUGACAGACUAUGAGGGGGGUACCCUGAGGGUAAAGCCUACCCUGGUUCCGAAAGAGUUUGUUGGAUGCUUUUCAACUGAAGGCAGAUGACUGAUUCAGCCUAACCUUGUUCUGUCUUUGAACAACAGAUAAAUUGGUUUACUUGAAAAUAAAUCUUUUCAUUUGUAUUUCCAUGUCACCUGUGAUUUUCCCUGCCUUCCUUCUGCAGCCCUGCCAACUGGCAGGAAGAAGGAGAGCAAAGCUGUUGCUAAGAGGAGUAUAAAGAGGGCUGGGUUCAUGGCAAGGGGGCAGUGGCAACAUGCUGUGCUUCCUGGUAUUGGCCAGCCUGGUCCUUUGUGGACACAGCACCCAGGACUUUCCAGGAGAUGCCCGGGUGGUUGGAGGCACUGAGGCCUCGAGGAAUUCCUGGCCCUCUCAGAUCUCCCUCCAGUACCUGUCUGGAGGUUCCUGGUAUCACACCUGUGGAGGGACCCUCAUCAGACAGAACUGGGUGAUGACAGCUGCUCACUGCGUGGACUCUCAAAUGACCUUCCGUGUGGUGGUUGGAGAUCACAACCUGAGCCAGAAUGACGGCACGGAGCAGUACGUGAAUGUGCAGAGGAUCGUGGUGCAUCCGAACUGGAGGAGCAGUAACGUGGCUGCUGGAUAUGACAUUGCCUUGCUGCGCCUGGCCCAGAGCGUUACUCUCAACAGAUAUGUCCAGCUGGGUGUUCUGCCACAGGAGGGAACCAUCCUGGCUAACAAUAGUCCCUGCUACAUCACAGGCUGGGGCAGGACCAGGACCAAUGGGCAGCUGGCCCAGACCCUGCAGCAGGCUUACCUGCCCACUGUGGACUAUGCCAUCUGUUCCAGCUCCUCCUACUGGGGAUCCACCGUGAAGAACACCAUGGUGUGUGCUGGAGGAGAUGGAGUUCGCUCUGGAUGCCAGGAACUGGGAAACCAUUGAAGAGCUUUAAACAGGAGAGCAGCAUAAUCAGAUUUGCCUUUUAGAAGCACUCUCUGAUGACGAGGUAAGCAAGUACUGAAGAGGGCAAGAUUGGCAGGGAGACUGGUUGUUAAGACUAUUGUAUUAUCUAGGCAAGAAAUCUGAGAGGCUGAAUUAGGGAGAUAUUCAGGUGGGAAGAAGAAAGAGGAUCUGGAAUGGCUUCCAGGCAUCUGGUUUAAGUGAUUUGGGGAAAGGGUUUGCUACCUCACAAAAGACAAGAUUUAUAGGAUAUGGGAGGGAAGGUGAGGAGUUUGGUUCUGGACAAAUUGAGUCUGAGACCCCAGUGGAUCAUACAGGUAUAUUUAACCAGUGAGAAAUUAGAUAAAAGAAAGUGGAGCCUGGAGGAGAUAGCUGGUGAGAGAUACCCUUAGCAGCACAGGAGAUUACGCCACAGGGAGAAGUCGUAGAAUGAGAAAAGAGCAGUGAGUUGGGGGAAGAACUGACAACAUAAAUACCUGAGUGCUUCAGGGAGAGGUGGAAGACAAAUGGUUCUAAGAGGAUUGAAGGCAAGAGAAAAACCUAGCAAUAAGGGUUUUAUACAAUCUCAGGAAAUACUGAUGGCUCAUCACAUAGUAUUCAGUGUAGCCUGGAGCCACAAUAGAUGGAACCCAAAGUGGUUACUUUGGAGGUCGGUGAGUCACUAAUAAUGACAGGCAAGGGAAUUUGUGUUAAGUGGUGAGUGCAGAAGCUUGAAAGAAGGUAAGGAAUGAGGAGGUAAUAAGAAACAUAGUAAGAAAUGUAGACUACUCUCCCAAUCCCAGAUGAAAGAGAGGAACAAAAAAAGAAUCUGGUAGCUUUAAGAAGGAUGACAAGUCAUGGAGAGGGUAAUAUGGAGUGUUAAAAUUAAGUGUUUAUAAGCAGAGAAGAAAGUAUCCUAUAGAGUCAGAGAGAGGGAAUAAGGAUGGCACAAGGUCCUAGAGAAGAAGGGGAGAUGGAACCAAGAGCACAAAUGGUGCUGGCUUUGAACUGGAAGAGGGACACCAAAAUGUGCACGGACAUGAAAGAGUGUGCGGCUGUGCAGCUGGAAGGUGGCAGGUGUUCCGCAUUAUUGCAAUUUAUGAACUAGGAGUCAGACUGGAUGCUGAAAAUGAAGAGGCAAGGAUUGAGGGCUCUGGAUUACUUAAAGUGAAUGAGAGAAGGACAUUACUCCAAGAUAUUACUGACAGUUUGAGUUUGGAGACUGUGCAAUGACUAUGGGGGUAUAUGAUUCACUCCAUUUUACUCAAGGUCUCAGUUACAGUGAAUGGAUUAAUCCAUGGCUGGAUUUUCCUGUGUUACUGGGGCAAAAGAAUAGGAUUGCAGAUCACUGCAAAGUCCAACGAGGUGGAGGAGGAAGAGAAGCCAGCAGGAGGCUGGUAGGCUGGCUGAAAUAGUGGAAUCAAAGGACUAAAGAUUUUUGUGAAAGCACUCAGAAUGGUGGAAGUAAGGUGAACAAUUCAUCCCAGUUUGCCCAGGACUUUCCUGGUGCUAAAACUUCAAAGUCCUGUAUCCCACGAGUACAUGCAAGCAGGGACCAAAAAAAGAGAGAGAGAGAGAGAGAGAGACUAAUGCAUAAGGCAUCUGCUUCCAAGUCCUAAUCAGCUAGCUUCACCUAUAAUCUCUCAAGGUUUAACAUUUCUGAGUUAAUUCACUUCCCUCUGCUCUCAUUCAGGAUCUUGAACUCUGGAAAACUCAAGUACUUUUCUUUUGGCUGCUACUACAAAUUAACAAUUCUCUAAGGCAACCGUGUCCUUCCCACUGGAGUUUCCCAAAAAGAGUGUCUCCUGGGUUUUCAGAUUUACCGGUCCCCACCCGUCCUCACAGUGGAUGACCCAGACCUCUCACCUCAAUCCACCCACUCCCACCCAGCUCUUUUCUAGCUCUUC